AACUGGUUUAGAGACUAGAAAACAAACAUGGCGGCUCCCUUCAAGAAAACAUCGGCCAGGCAUUUACAACCACGUGUUGAUGUGAAAACCACACCAGAUACCAUAUACUGGAAAAAUUUAGAUGUACCUGUGACAAAGAAAGAAUUUGGAGCAAUAACAGACAUUGGCUUUUGUCCAACAAAUCCUCAUUACUUUGCUGUUACCAACUCAACAAGGGUUCAAAUCUAUAGCCCCACCUCUCUACAAAUCCACAAGACCAUCAGUCGAUUUAAGGAGGUUGCUUACUCGGGCAGUUUCCGUAGUGAUGGUAAACUUUUGGUUGCUGGGGGCGAUGAGGGGUCAAUCCGUUUGUUUGAUGUGGACAGUAAAUCUCUUCUCAGGAUGUUCAAAGGGCAUAUUGGGGCUGUUCAUGUAACCAAGUUUUUGGCGGAUAAAACUCGGAUUUUUUCGGGCUCUGAUGACAAUAGUGUGUCAGUAUGGGACAUUCCAAGUGAAAGGGAGCUAUUGUCCUACAGAGAGCACCAGGAUUAUGUCCGUUGCGGUCUCGCCAGUACCUCCAGCCAAGACCUAAUUUUGACAGGCUCAUAUGACCACACAGUUAAGCUUUACGAUACUCGCAUGAACGAGUCCGUGAUGACGUUUCAACAUGGUCAUCCUAUAGAGAGCGUCCUGAUGUUUCCCAACGGGGGAAUUUGUCUGUCUGCAGGUGGAAACGUCAUCAAAGUGUGGGACCUUUUACAGGGAGGCCGUCUACUCACAUCAUUACGUCAUCAUCAUAAAACAGUGACGUCACUUUCUUUUUGCAAUAAUUUCACAAGAAUCCUCUCAGGUUCCGUAGACAGACAUAUAAAGAUUUUCGACAUUAGUACUUACAAAGUAGUACAUACCUUAGAUAUGCCAGGAACCGUCCUCAGUGCUGCAGUGUCGCCGAAUGAUGAUCUGCUGGUUGUGGGAAUGGCGGAAGGAUUAUUAUCAAUACAAAAAAGAAAACCUCCAAAAGAAGCAAAAACAAGAGCCAAACCCACUUACCGGUACAACCCUGCGGGGAAAACGUACCACCCACAAAAGGGCGACUUUGUUGUACUUCACAAGCGAAAAGAACAACUUGCAAGAUAUGACAAGUACUUUAAGAAAUUUGAAUUCACAAAAGCUUUGGAUUCCGCCAUGAAGAAUGGUGUUUGUUUGCGAUCACCCGAGGUCACAGUCCGAGUCCUACAGGAACUGAUGAAGAAAGGGGCUAUCAAAGCAGCAUUAGCAUGUCGUAGUGAUUUGUCUGUAGGGUACAUCAUUCAAUUCAUAAAGAGAAAUAUCAGUAAACCAUCUUUUCAACGAGUUCUAUUAGAUGUCGCCAAUUUAGUACUAGAUUUAUAUGCUGACCAGGUCGGACAGAGUCCGGUAAUGGACUGCCAGCUGACGGAACUCAGAGAGACUGUAGAACAGGAAGUGAAUUAUAUGACAGAACUCAGUGAAGUUAUGGGAAUGCUUGAUACGGUGUUUGCCGCGGCUGCCAUGAAAACGAACACUACGUCACCAGAGUCUGCGUAUUCAAUGACACCCUCUGCUGUGGCACAAGCGACUGAUAUUUAGCAAUAAACAAAUUUGAAAUUA